AUCUAUAAGAAGUAUACACUAGUGGCGCCCUCUAUGUAGUCCUAACAUCAGACUAAAAAAAUAUAACAUUUCUUGAUCAAUCGAUAUCUUGAAGCAUUGACUGGAAACAUCGAUUUUAUAAAAUGAUACAUCGAUGCAACAUCGCUUAUCGACUCAUCGGCCGAUGUAGCAAGGCAAACGUGACCUCGUGCAGUUCUUAUACUUUUUUGGUAGCUGUAAUAAAGAAGAACGUAGAAGUGUAAUUGAUCUGGAAUAUUCUCAUAGUCUAACAUUAUGAGUAACAUUAAGACGCCUAUAUCAAUUUUACAAGAAAAACUUAUAAAAUGUGCUAAUUCUUUACCUGUGUACACAGAAAUUGCUUCUACAGUUGAAUUUCAAGAAACUAAAUUUACUAUUCAAUGUAGUUGGAAUGAAUAUAAGGUAAAAGGUGUGGGAACCACCAAAAAAGAAGCUAAACAAAGUGCUGCACAAGAAAUGAUCAAUUUAUUAUGUUCAAAAGGUAUAAUAUCCAUUCCAUGUGCAACAACUGAAAAUGAGAAAAGAGAUGAAACACCUAAUUCAGAAUGUAAUUUACAAAGUUCUAUGAACUCUAGUAAUUCUUCUGCAUCUUCACAAGGAGCAUUUGUAAAUUAUGUGGGGUCUUUAAUGGAAUUUUGUGUUGCAAAUAAGUUACCAGAGCCUUGUUUCAAUAAUGUUUCCUCAAUUGGAUUACCUCAUAAUUUUACAUUUACAAUGAAUUGCUCUGUUGGUUCUCUAUGCAAAGAAGGGUCUGGAAACACAAAGAAAGUUGCCAAACAGAAUGCAGCUAAAGAAGUUUUACAAAAUUUAAAGGUUCGUAAUGCAAAUAUUGUAGAUGAACUGUGUGUACAAUAUAAAAAUUUAAAGUUAAUCGAGCCCACAUCUAAUACUGACGAAAUGACCAGAAUGACAGAUAUAUAUAUGAAAAUCAGAAACGUAACUGCUACAUCUACAAAACAUUUACUAGUUAAGGAUUAUCAUCUUGCCUUAAUGGACAAAUGUAAAAAUAUUUUAGAAACGCAGAAGCGUGACUUGGAACUUGGACAUGUAGUGCAAAGGUGUUACACAGAAGAUAUAUCUGUUAUAAAAUCCAUUAUUAAAAACAUUUUUGACAUACCUGUGAAGACUGUUCAAAUUCGAUCAAAGAAUCAUAAGCAAUGUAUAGUUGGAGUUCAGUUGAGAAUUGUACCUCCGAUCCUUCAAAUUGGUGUAAGCGCAACUUUUGAACAAGCAGAACAGGCAGCACUACAUAAACUGGUUGAAUACAUCAUUAUAUUCAUGAAAUGAGUCAUGGCGGGGAUUGUAUAAUUUGUUUUACAAUUAUACACAAAACUGAAUACAUACAAGCUAUACAAAGUCUUAUCCCUAAUACUUGAUGUAUUGUAAGAAGUCUUAUUCAGCAAAAUGUAUAUAUUGUGUAUUCAUUUAAGUAUAAUAUGUAUUAAGUGUAAUAUGUAUUUUCACUGUAAGGUCCUAAUAAGUAAUAAAUUAUUAUUUUUUUAAAUACUCGAA